AGCUUAUGUUGCUUGAGGCGAGAUCAGUUACCUGCUUGCAACUGAAAUUUCAAACUUCUGCAUAGUGGUGACCUGAGUGGACAAAUGGUGACUGACAGUUGGAAAUAUCAGCAGACAUCUUAAAUUUUAUGCUCAAAUGAACAAACAAUGAACCAGGAGAAUAAGUCCAGCUGUUUUCAGUUGCUUGUAUUUUUUACCUUUUUAUUUAGAAUCACAUCAUCUUUUCCAAUGAACGCCUACGUGACUGUGAAUUAUUACAAUGAAACCAGCAACUACACUACAACAGAAACAUGUGAAUGUGGUGUUUAUGGAUUAGCCUCACCAGUGGCUAAUGCUAUGGGGGUGGUAGGCAUCCCUAAGAACAAUAACUACCAAGCUUGUGACUAUAACACUGAGUUUACCAAUACUAAGAAGCCCUGGAUUGCACUGAUAGAAAGAGGUAAUUGUACAUUUUCAGAAAAAAUUCAGACAGCAAGCAGAAGAAAUGCUGACGCUGUUGUGAUUUACAACAUUCCAGAGACCGGCAACCAGACGAUACAGAUGGCAAAUUUUGUACAACUGGAUAAUACAGUAGUUUUCUGUUCCAACCUUAUAAAAUAAAGAUCCAGCAGAGGGCGCAUUGAGCAAUUUCAUGGCUAAUCCAAACUGCUGUCCUCUCAAGCCUAUUUAAAGAGUAACAUGAGGGCCCAGAGGCAUUUGAAAGGAUGCUCUGCAUCACUAGCCAUUAGAGAAAUGCAGAUCAAAACCACCA